UCCAGCUUCACAUUCACAUGUCGCACUUUUUCUAAAUAGAAGAAAAACUUUAUGAACUGAAAUCUAUAUUUUAAAAACAUAAAUUAAAAAUGUUAAAAAGUGUCUUCGCCGCAAAUUUAAACCUCUUAAAAAAUGCUGUUCCACUUCAACAACAAAUAAGAACAACAUUCAUUUUAAAGAGAAAAUAUGAACCGCUUUUACAUAAGAAGAAUCAUCAACCGCGAAAGCUUCGAGCUAAGCAUUUUAUAUACGACCUAGUUGAGGAUACAACAAUUAAAAAACAACCUAAUUUAGAAGUUGUGCUUAAAACAUUCGUCGAAGGAGUUGGCGACAAGGGCGAUGUUGUUUCUAUGCGACCGACUUUUGUAUAUAACAAAUUGCUCCUGCCGGGAUUGGCGGUGUAUAAAAAUGAGGAGAAUGUCAAAAAGUAUGCAAAAACCGAAGAAGAUAAAACUGAAGUUUUACAUAGUUCCCCAUUUGCUCAGAGGACUGUCAAUAUGUUGGAAAAUAUGACACUGGCAGUUGUCAUGAACAAGGAUCAACCUUGGGAAAUUAAACCAUGGCAUAUAAGAACCUCUCUUAGGAAAGCCGGCUACUAUGUCAAAGAUGAAUGUAUAACUAUGCCCGAACAAGCUAUCACUGGGCCCGAUCUAAAAAAGGAGAGCAAGGAUUUCUAUUGCACGAUUACGAUUAAUAAUUUGGAAAAGGCACGUUUGCGAUGCAGGAUUCAUCAUUGGAGUACUGAUCCAAGUGAAAGGCUGCCAUAUGUCUCUGAACAUUGGAAACUUAACGCUGAGCCAGUUUUUGGCACUGCGUCUUCAACGAAAGAUGAAACUAGUGAAUUAAAUAAGUAGAAUGAAGAGAGUAAUAAAACAGAAGAUUUGUUAUGAUAUAUGAAAUCAUCUUUUGGGUUUCAAGUAAGUUCAACUCAAGAGGCUCAAUGCUUAAUGCAAAAGAAUUUUACCUUUUAAGAAUUGAAUGGUUUGAGUACCGAACCUUGACACGAGUAUAAUAUAUAUUUGGUGAAUA